UCUCAGUCCCUAGCGCCAUAUUUGAGUAUCGCAUUCGCCUGCAGUGAACGAGCGGCUUGAAAUUAUUUGCGUUUAAAAGUACGUAGCGAUUGUAUUACCUCCAGAAAGAUGGUUGAAGAAGACUCAGAAUGGUCUCCCGACAUUUCCAAGCUGCCACCCCUCACCGAGGAUGCCAUACGUACGUUUUAUGAUUCGAAAACGGCGUCCGAAAAGCACAUGGAGCGGGGAUACAAGUUCUCGACGGAGUGUUUCGUCGCCUUGCAGUCCAUGAAAACACGAUCCUUCCUGAGCGGGUAAGGAAUGCCUUCUUGUUUUUUCUCGCACUAGGUUUCAGAAGUGCGCUACGUGUGAAAAUGAAUAGGACUCGUAUAAAGAAACAGGAAGCAUUGUUCCUCACGAGAGGUUUUCCUGUGUAGUGUACAUGCGUGUAUGCCAUGCAAGAGUUGUUCGACAGAAGUGUUUUUAGUGCAUGUACGUCCGUUCCUUAAUACCAUGUUCAGAAAGACCAAGUUUCAUUACAUUUGCAACCACUUACAGGUGUGGCGAGCGGGUGUUCGAGAUUAAAAGCGGGUGCUUCAGAAGCCAAAAAAAGACUGGCGCCCCGUAUGUGGUGCACGUCGGGCUGUCGGAAUCGGGUGCGAUAAACGGCAGUCUCUGCAACUGUACAGCAGGAUCUGGAGGAUGCUGCAACCAUGCAGUUGGUGUGCUGAAGACCCUGGCCCUCAUCCAGAGACUGGGAUACAAGCAGCCACCACAAGAGUUGGCCUGUACAGAACUUCCUCAGCAGUGGGGGAGACCACGAAGUUCAAUGGGACCAGAGGACGUAAUGAGUGUCAACUGGAGAAGAGUUAGUGACGGCGGACGAACAGACCCACUCCUGUGCAGGCUGUUCGAUGUUAGGAAGAAGACUGAGUCAGAGGAGGAGAAGAGAAAUGCUGCACUCACAUUUGCAGAGAAGUUAAAGGGGCUUGUGGGCAACAGCUUGACUGACACAAUAGGGGAAGCCGCAUCUUGCUCCUAUACGAACACUAAGUAUGGAAGAGCACCACGAGACAGUGUCAUGGCAGUUCAGCAAAGUCUUUUGCCGUUUGGCUUUGAGUGCCUCAUUGGUGUCGAGCCCGGUCAUUCUACUGGACACAUCACUGCUCAGGAGUUUUCACUCUUUGAAGGCUGUAGGAGGUGGAUCCCUGAUAACAGCAAGACUUCUUCGACACUGACAAGCAUACUUUUAUCCGUCCAAGAAGCUCGACAGCUUGAGAAAGACACUAGGCAACAAGCUGGCAGCCAAUUAUGGAAAGACUCGAGGAAGAACCGUCUCACAGCAUCACGGUUUGGGGCUGUGUGCAAGCGAAAGCAGCCGUGGACUAAGGCUGGCCUCCGUAACCUUAUACGCCCGAAGGACUUCAGCUCCGCAUCUGUGCGUUAUGGUGUGGCAAAUGAGCACAAUGCUGUUUUGAGGUAUCAUGAUGUUCUUCGCCACAUCAACCGAGACGUGGUUACCUUUUCUUGUGGUUUGAUGGUGCGCCCAGACUGCCCAUGGCUAGGUGCCACACCGGAUCGUGUGGUAUAUGACCCACUCGAGACAUCCUGUCAUGGCAUCCUUGAAGUGAAAUGUCCGUCAUCAAAGCGUGCAACUUCUCUUCAAGAAGCUUUGGCUCACAAGGACUUCUGUAUUUAUGUUUCUGAUGGGAAGCCAUACUUGAAGAAGGAUCAUGACUACUAUUAUCAGAUGAUCGGGCAGAUGUACUGUGCCAAUGCUUCAUGGGGGCACUUUGUAGUGUACUCCCAGUCAUGGCUAAUAGUUGCUAGAGUUGGCCUGUGCGAGUCGUUUUGUAAUGACAUGGUAAAAAAUCUUAACGAGUUCUAUUUUCAAUCCGCACUGCCGUACAUUGAGGGAUUAGUCUAGAGUUUUUGUGAUGUACAUGUGUAUUUGUUACCCAUCGCGUUUUGCUUGUUAGAACGUUUUAUUAUUUUGAUUUCUGCUGAUAACUACAAAUGAGAAAUAUCCGAAAUUGUGUGACUGCACAUGAAGAAUGCGAUUAACUUGAUCGAAGGGGCAAUCACGUUAUAAAUGUGUGCAUAUAUGCAUAUGUGUGUUUGUUUCAUGCCAAGUAGAUCAUGUAGAUCAUCAAGACACCAUUUCAUCAAGUAGAUCAUGCCAGCCUCAGAGCUUCGGCUACUUUUCCUUUGUAU